UUUGUUAUGUUAUGAUAUUUUGUAACAGAAAAUGGAAAAAAUUAAAAAUUAGUCUAAUAUAUUUCAUCAUACGUUGUUAUUUACCUUAUUAUAAUGUAUUUAUUAUGUAUGUUCAAUAAAUAAACUAAACAUGCCAUAAAUUCAAUGAUGUUUGAUUUAAUUAAUCAUACACUACAAAAUUCUCAUCACCUACGAUUACAUUAUAUACACUGGAACUGUAGAAGAUGUCUACUCACAAAAAUAUUGGUUUAAAUAUACAAGAAAAUAGUCCUAAUAAACUAAAGAAACCCAAAAACAUGGUUCAUACUUCAGAAGCCAUAAUAAUAGGAGAUACGUGUAAGCAAAAAUGUAGACCAAAUUUACCUACAGUUAAGGAUACAAUUCAAAUUUUAAAUAAUGCAAUUAUUAGACCACCAAUUCCUUCGAUCAAUGAAACUGUUCUGCUUAAUAAACAAUGUAUACUUCCAAAAAAUAAACCAACUAAAGUUGAUAAAAUAAUAUUAAACAAUUGUGCUGAAGAGCAAAAAACUGAAAAAAAUACCAAAGCUACAGAAACAAAAUUAUAUAUUGAAAAGAAAAAAAAAGAAAGAACUUCAAAAUGUAAAUUAGAUUUAUUAGAGAAAAAAAAGUUGGCAGAAGAACGAAAAAAAAAAUUAGAUGAGUUACAAAAAACUACAAGAGAACUAGCUAUAGCUUCUAAAAAGCAAAAGGCUAUCAAUGUUCAAGACAAAUGUAAAAUUGAUAUAAGUUUACCGACUGAAUCAAAUGAACCUAAAGUAGAUCAAACAUGGUCACCUCCACCUAAAGUUAAAAGUGUUAGAAAACCUCUAGAAGCUCUUAGAAAUGUUCAAAAAAUUGGUAUUAACUUACUAACUGAAUCAAACGAAUCUAAAAUGGAUCAAACUUGGUCACCUCCCCCUAAAGUUAAAAAUUGUAAAAAACCACUGGAAGCUCAUAAAAAUGUGCAAAAAAAAUCAAUAAAAGAUUUUAAAAUUACAGAUGAAUAUUCAAAUGAUACAAAAGAUGUUAUAAGUGCAUGUGAAUUUUCAAAAAUGUCAAAAAUACCAAGUACAAUUUCAACAACAAAAUUAAUAGACUCAAAACCUAAAAUACGUGAUGUUACCAAACCUGAAAAUUUAUUUUCUAAAUUAAAAUUCAAUGAUGAUUAUCAAUUAUUUGGUAAGAAUUUAUGUGAUAUUUCAAUGCCUAAAGCAAAUGACAUUGAUACAUCUUCCAUUCAAAAAUGUAAUAAUGAUGUGACCUUGUUAAAUGGAUCGUGCCAUGAUAACGAAAAACAAAAAAGUGAUAGUGCUCAUUUGAAUAGAGAGGAAUUGACUAUGCCUGAUAUUAAUUUGAGUAUUAAGUCUUUGGAUAAUUUAAAUAAUUGUACUAAAUCACACACAGGCUUGCAAUUGCCUAUUAAAUCGCAUGAGGAAAUUAUGAAAAGUAUUGACAAUCUAGAAGAGCUUCAAGAAUUAUUAUUUGAUCAGUGUUUGCCAGUUAAAAAUUGUUAUACAGAAUCAACCCAAACUGAGAAUUUCAAUAAUAUGUUAUCAUUGUCAACUUUAAAAUCUCCUCCACCUCCAAUGAGUUUUAUUUCAGUAUUAAAAUGUAAACAUAAUUUACAACAAUCAGAAAAAAAUAAUUCGGAAUUCUAUGAACCUGCUGCUAAUUUAAAUAUGAAUAAACACACAAUAACAAAUAAUUUAUAUUCUAAUAAAACUAAUAAUGUUGAAUUUACUGAAUUUAAUAAACCAGAUGUGAAUAUUUGUAAUGAAGAGGUAAAUUUACCAAAUGUUAAUGAUAUUGAAACAAAAAACUGUUUAGAUAGCUAUAAACCUUUAUUAAUUGAUGAACCAAUUAAAUUAAAGCCUAAUAACUUAUCUUCAAUUGAAAUUAUUGAAAAUAAUAAUUGUGAAGAAAAAAUAAAUAUUGUAAAUAAUGACAAACUAUUUACUAAAUGUAAUAUAAUAACUGAUGAAGAUAUUAAAAAAGUCUUAAAAAAUCUUAAUUACGAAUUUGAUUUGUUGACAAAAAAUAAUUAUUAUAAUUCAAAUAAUUUAUGUAACACUUACAUAAAUUUAAAGUUUGAUGAAAAUAAUUCAAAUAAUAGAUCAUCACAUAGUUUUCCUGAAAUCCAUGAUGAAUUUCAAGCAGAACUUGAUACACUCGACCAAUUAAAUGACUCUUUAUGUCAUAUCGAAAGGAUGAGCUGCGACAUGUCAAUUAAAUCUAACGAACAAUCUAUUGAACUGAAUGAUCACUGUAAUUCUAAUAAUGAUAAUGAUGUUCCUACACCAUUUUCCAAACUAAAUGCUUUGUCAUCAAAUAUGAUUUGUGUAGAUAAAACAAUAACUGGCUUUUCUAUUCAAAUGUUUGAACAAUUAAUUAAAGAUGAAGAACUCCGGGCAAAACAACACCGUACCAUACUUAGUUUAAGGGAAAAAUCUUUAACUAAUCGUUUGAAGUGGGAAAUUACUAUGUAUGACCUUCAAGUGAAGAAUUUAAAAAACAAACUUGGUCAUGAAAAACAAUUUCAGUUGUUCAAACAAAAACAAAGAGGUAGUGUGAAAAAGUUGGAAAAUUCCUUGUCUCAAAUAAAACGACUUGGUAGAGUAAUAGAUUCAGUGUAUAAGCAACGCUUUAUAAUGUUUAAUGAACAUUUACAACAUUUAAGAAACCAAUCAUCUUCUAAAAAAGUUAUACGAAAACUAAAAAGCCUAGAGCAAUUUCCAAAGAUAGAAGAACAUGCUUGUCAGUCACUUAAUUCUCAUAUUUUUAAAAAAAUUAUUAAGCCUGACUAUUUCGAUAGUAAUGAUAGUGAACAUGAUAAGAUUAAUCCGAUUGAAUCAAAAAAUAAUACAUCGCCAAUGGUGUUUGAAUCGGAAAAAUCUAAAAUCAUUUUGCGAAACCAAGCAACUUCUCCUAUUAGUAUUGAAACAAAUAUUUUCAAUCAAGUUCAAAAUGUCGAAGUUCAAACAGAUGUUAAAUGUUCUUCACAGUCUGUCAUUAAUAAAUCUAUACAAACUUCUAAAACAAAAUGUAAACACACAACUAAUGAAAAUAUAAAAUCAUUUAAUCCAAUUGAUUUUUCUUAUAAAAAUGAUGAAAUGUUUGAUGCAAUUAAAACCAAGGAUAAAAGAUCAUUGUCACCAAUUUUACCUACAAGUCCUGUUAAACUGAGAAAAUAUCUUACGGAGACAUCGUUUAGUACAAAUUCAGAACAGAGUGACCUGGAUACACGGAUAAUGUCUUUACAAGAACAACUUGAAGAUAGAAAAUUAGAAACUUUUAGAUUGAAAAAAGAACAAAAAAAACUUAAAUUAGAAAAUCUUAAGGCUAAAGAGCAAGAUCUUUUGAAACAGAUAAAUUUAUAUGACAAGAAAAUUGAAGAAUCGAGAAAAAGUUUGAUGGUUGAAAUAAAGAAAAAAAAUAUGUAUGUUUCAAAAUCUUCAACAAAAAACGAUUCUUCUUCUUCGACAAAUUCUAGUUCUUCUGUUCUUCAAAAUAUUAUUAACUAUAAGAAUGAUCAUAGUCAGCAUAUAGACGAAUCAGAUAGAAUAAUACGGACAGAUGGAAAUAAAUAUUUCUAUCCAGUCGCUACCGAUAAGGAAUGUGAUCAUAGUGUAUUAUCUGUAGAUAAACCAAUAAAUGACUUUCAAAAAAAAAAUGUUUAUAAAUCCAAGGAAAAUUGCGAUAUGCAUACAAUUAAUUUUGAUUCAAAUAUUGAUAAUUAUAAUUGUAUAGAACAAUCACUUCAAUCUUUAGAAACAAUUCCAGUUUGUGAAGAUGUACAAUUACAUGAAAAGCACAUUGCAAAAGAAGUAAAUGAUUCAAACAAACCUCAUGAAAUUGAAACUGAAGUAAAUAUUCCUUUUAAAUUUCUACCACAGAAGACUUUAGACAUUCAUAAAUUAAAUGAUCUAAAAGUAAAUUUAAGGGAAGAAACUAAUUCAUGUGAAGUAAAUGAAACAAUUGACAAUGAUAUAAAUUUAGAUAUUUCUUUAUGCAAGUUUUCUAUUCCAAAUAAUAUUGUAUCAGAAACUUCCAAUAACCAAGAAUUACAUAUAGAAACAGAUAAUAAAAAGUCACUGAUUAUUCAUGACAAUAUUAACCGCUCCAAUACAAGUUCAUCUAAUAGUAGUGCUAUUCAUAACAAUCUCAUUAUAAAUGUAAAUGAUACUGAUGUAUGUGAAAUGCAAAAAAACAUUGUCAGUCAAUUUGAGGAACAUAAUUAUAAAAUGGGAUCAGAUGAUAUUUAUAGUCCAGAUUUUACAUCAGAUGAGUAUACAUCAGAAUUUCAACGGUCAUUUCAAUCUAAUAAAAAUGAUAAUAUAAUAGAAUCAAAUGACAGUGAACAAAGUAAUGAAACUUCUUAUGAAGAAGACAGAAGUGAAGGAGAAAUAAUAUUUGAGGAUAAAACAUUUAUUGAACCGUAUUCAGAUGAUCAUGGUGAUUUUGUUCAAAAUGAGAAUUCUUCUAAUGACCAAGUUCAUGUUAUUACUACCAACAUUUUUAACUGUCUUCUGAAAGAUGCAAAAAAAUCAUUAAAAUCUAACAUGCGUAAAUCAUUAUUUUCUUCAGAGAAAAAUUAUCUUGAUAAUUUAACUGAAGAAACUCCAUUGUUGUUAAUCUUAAAACGGGAAGAAGAGAAUCAAAAUCGGAUUAUUCUCUCGGAGCAAGCUUCAAUUAUUUCAGAUGCACUUUUUAAGCAUCAUUUACAACCUCUUAUUUCUGAAACUCUUCAAAUGUAUUUACCUAGAUUGAAUGAAAUGGAAAUGGAAAAAUUAACAGUAUAUUUAAAGUGGUCUUCUACUAAAAGAAAAAAAUUGAAGUUAUCAGAAUGUUUAAUUUUUCAGCAUAAAAUUGAUGUUGACAAUGAAAAUUCAUUUGAAAUGUUUUAUCAGAAGUAUCUAGAUCAGAAAAAAUCCCCGACUUUGCAAGAUAAAAGUAACAAUGUUAUGCUCAACCAUACGCAACAAGAAGCAGAAAAAUUAAAACUAGAACAAAUUCGCAUUGAAGAAGAAAUUGAACGUCUUCGCAUGUCGGAAGAAGUACAAUUUUUUUUAAGAGAAAUACCUAAUAAGCCCCCGCCCCCUUAUAAAAGUCCUACUAAAAACAAAGCCCUUAUUGACGUACCUUAUACAUCUGAUGAAGUGCACAAAAUGGUUUUGACAGCUGCUAAUCAAGUAUUCAAUGGUUCUCAAAGUGCAUUAUUGAACAACUAUAUUAUAGAUUCAGAUUCAAUUGUACAUGCUGAUUAUAAAACAUUGAUUUUUGAUUACUGUAAAGAAAUUGCACAAGACUUAUUUAUUGACAAAACAUAUUUACCCUUAUGGAAGAGAUCUAUAAAAAGCUUGAAACAAUUUAAGGCCAGGCCAAAAAACCCUAAAGAUUUAAGCGAUGUAGUAAUAAAAAAAAUGAAUCAGAUUAUUGACAUAGACGAGUGUGAAGAGAAAGUAAAUAAAUUUGUUGUGAAACAAAUGCAUGAAGAAGAUAGUAAAUGGACUGAUUUUCAAAUGGAUGAAUUAGAAAUACAAAAUGAUAUUGUUGAAAAUUUGAUGAAAAAAUUGGUUCGCGAUACUAUCACAAAUACCAAAACAAAUUUUUAUUUGAAAUUUAUCUAAGAAAAGUAUUCCUUACCUUCAUUAAUUUUAUAUUAUGUAUAUUAACCACUUGUAUGUAUAUUGUUUUAUAUAUUAUU